AACAGUGACCAAAACUGGAUGCAGUAUUCCAGGACCUGAAUAUGAAGAUCUUAUGGAAGAAUUAUUCUGCUGCCUCAUUCAACUGAUUGUGGAGGUUCCUCUUUUCCUCCCAUACACCAGCCGACUAGUGAAAACUUUGUUAUAUAACUUCAUCCGUCAAGAGCGAAGCCCUCCUCCAAGUUCCCAUGUCUUCCAGCCUGAAUCCGAAGGAGGUGGACUGCUCUACGGAAUUGCAUCAGGAGUGGCAACUGGCCUCUGGACAGUCUUUACCCUAGGAGGUGUGGGAAGCAAGCGGGCUUCUCAACAGGAAGAGUCUUCACCUCUUGCUAAUCAAAGUCUGUUGUUGCUGCUCGUCUUAGUAAAUCUGACCGAUGCUGCAGAUACACCCAACCCUUAUAAGCAAUCCAUUGUGUCCUUCAAGAACACACAAGAUAGCACAGCGUUGUCUUCACCAACCCCUCACGCUUUCCAGAUCAAUUUUAAUAGUUUGUACACCACGUUGUGUGAGCAACAGAAUUCUGACCAUGCUACCCUCCUCUUGUAUACUCUUUUGCACCAGAACAGCAAUGUUCGAACAUACAUGUUGUCCCGGACAGAUAUGGAAAACCUGGUUUUGCCGAUUCUUGAGAUUCUUUAUCACGUUGAAGAAAGGAAUUCACAUCACGUUUAUAUGGCACUGAUAAUUUUGUUAAUCCUUACUGAAGAUGAUGGCUUCAAUCAAUCCAUUCAUGAAAUUAUAUUGAAAAAUAUUACUUGGUACUCAGAACGGGUGCUAACAGAAAUUUCACUGGGGAGUCUUCUGAUUCUUGUCGUGAUAAGGACCGUUCAGUACAAUAUGACAAGGACGAGGGACAAAUACCUUCAUACAAAUUGCUUGGCAGCUCUGGCCAACAUGUCCGCGCAGUUCCGCUCCCUUCAUCAGUAUGCCGCUCAGAGAAUCAUCAGCUUGUUUGCGUUGUUGUCCAAAAAGCACAACAAAGUUUUGGAACAAGCCACCCAGUCUUUGAGAGGUUCCCGGUCUGCUCCGGAUUCUCCACUUCCAGAUUAU